CUAGUUCUACCAGAAGUGGGUGAGGCCGGAGGAGUUGUGCAAUAGUCAGUCGGUGACCCUCCAGCAGCGCAGAGCCCAGUGCAGAGCCCAGUGCAGAGCCCAGUGCAGGCUAUUAUAGGAAGGAAGCAGAUCAUGUAAUAGAGAUCAGGGGAUGUUCUGCUGGCGGAGAGAGUGUGGGCAUCCUGUGAUCAGCUCCACACAUCAGGAAGAGCCUUAUGUAAUGCGGAAGAGACUGUGUGUAAGUGUGCAGCUCACACUUCUCUAUCUAGUGAUCACUCCCAGACAGAAGUGACAGAUCAGGAUGGCAGGGACAUCUUCCGACAAACUGGUCCUUAAACUGGUGAUGACUGGGGACUCCAAUGUUGGGAAGACCUGUAUUAUGACCAGGUACACAGAAAACAUCAUCCCAUCCUAUAUCUCCACUGUAGGAAUUGAUUUCAAGACAAAAACAAUCCAUAUUGAUGACACACCAUUAAAACUUCAGAUAUGGGAUACAGCAGGACAAGAAAGAUUUCACACCCUCAGUGUCAGUUAUUUCCGUGGUGCUCAAGGAUUUGUACUUGUUUACGAUAUCACAAAUACAAACUCAUUUGAAAACAUUUCUUUGUGGAUAAGGGACAUUAAAAUGAAAGCUGGGGAAGAAGUGGAGGUAGUUCUCCUGGGAAAUAAGUGUGACAAGGAAGACGAACGUGAGGUUUCAAAAGAGAGAGGGGAAAAGCUUGCUUGGGAGUAUGGCAUACCAUUUUUUGAGACAAGUGCUAAAGAAUGUAUCAAUAUUGACAAAGCAUUCCUCUGUUUGUCAAAUGCAAUUUAUGAAAAGAGAUCGUCCAUGUUGAUCAAUCCAAAUUUGGUGAAUUUAGAAGAACCAAGGAAAAGCACUUCAUGUGUGUCUUGUGGGUGAAGGUAACAUUGUGGAGGUCAUCAAAGAGGUCUCUUAUUUCAUGCUGCUGAGUCAAGCACAUUUCAUUAUGUCUAAUUGCACAGUAUUAUAAUUAUAUUUAUUGUAACAUUCCAUUUAAUGUGUGUGUGAACAUAUGUUUUUGUUUUCUUAGUGCUUACUUUAAUCAGAACAUGAAAUAAUAGUAAAACUUUAAUAAAAGUAAACUAUGCAAACUAAAA